CACAGAGCCCUACGUGGGGCUCGAACCCACAGACCACAAGAUCAUGACCUGGGCUGAAGUCAGACGCUUAACCGAGCGAGCCACCCAGGCACCCCUAGAACACCCAGUUCUUACAAGCACUUGCCUUCAAACCAGCUAAGUAGAGCACUUUUACAAAUUAAUUUUCACAACCACCACCCGGAGGUAGAGAAACUAUCUCACAUUUACAACACAUAGACACAUGUACCUUUCCACAAACAGGGUGCAAGCAAAACCUUAAAGGCCCAGUUUCCUAAUAUCUCCCUUUUACAAAACACAGCUAAAUGCGAGAUGGUCUUACCAUUUAUGGAUCCCUUCAUCGGUCGUCUUUCUCAGGCGUCUGAUGAAUAUUGUGGUGGAGCAGAGUUGCCAAAACAAAUGAUGGCCUCGUUUGGGAGACUCCAGCCCAUAGGGCUGGAUGUGCAGAUAGAUUGUCCUUUCCCAGUGUCCAACGAGGACAUGGCUUGUUGUAUUCAAAGAUGCCCAAAGCAGUCAAAGCAGCUGACAGACCAAUUGAAGCCCAGGUUACCUCCGUGAAUUCUCCCCUCCCCACCCCACCCCACCCCCUGCCCCGCUUCAACUGUGUCCAGUCUGCGGUGUGGCCCAUCCGUUGUGGACGGAGGCUCUCAGAAGAGGUCCAUAGAUGUUCAGCCUGAUUCUGGAGACACUGCUGGUCCUCUCUUUCCACAGACAAGAGAAAGGUCUCUUUUGUCGCUGAGAAAAUAACUCAUCUGGCUGGAUAUUUUAGAAAACUCCUCUGGUGACUGUCUGGAAGGUGGCCCAGAGAUAUUUAGGGUGCAUCAAAGCAAUGGCGGCCUGAUAGAACUAGUUAGGAAGUGUUCUUUCCUGAAUUUUUUGGAAGAGUUUGAGAAGAUUGGUGUCAAUUCUUCCAAUGUUUGGUAGAAUUCACCAGUGAGGCUGUCAGAUCCGGGGCUUUUUUUGGUCAAGUGAUCUUCGAUUACAGCCUCAGGCUCCUCCCUAGUUAUGUACGAAUCUCUUCCGAUUUUCUCUUUCUUUGUGAUUUAGUCUUGGUAGGUUUUCUAGGUCUAGAAAUUGGUCCAUUGUAUCUGGAUUCUCCAAUUAGCUGGAAUACACGUGUUGAUAGCACUCUAACCCUUCCUACGUCUGUAAGGAGUCAGUGGCAAUGCAGUCAUUGAGUCUUCUCUGCCUCCACCGGCAAUCCGGCUAGCAGUUUGGUGUUUUCAAAGGACCAGCUCUUGUGUCCAUUGAUUAUCGCUUUCGUUUUUCUAGCCUCUGUUUCAUUUAUCUCCGCUCUAAUCUUUAUUAUGUCCUUCCCUUUGCUACCUUUGGCUUUUUCUAGUUUCUUAAGUUGCACGUCUAUGGUGUUGAUUUAAGAUCUGUCUUGAUGUUUACUGUGAGCGUUUACAGCUAUAAAUUUCCCCCUCGCCACUGCUUUGUUGUUUUCCAGGAGUUUUGACACGUCGUGUUUCAUUUCCCUUCACCUCUACGUAUGUUCGCAUUCCACUGUGAUUUCUUCUUCGACACAUUGGUUCUUUGAGAGUGUGUUUUCAGUUUUCACAGCUUUUUAAAUUUUCCACUCUUCCUUCUGUUACCCAUUUCUGACUUCAUCUUCUUGUGGUUGGAAAAGAUACUUUGUAUGAUAUCUAUCUUGUAAAAUCUACUGAGACUUAACUCGUGACCUAAUGCAAAGACUGUCUCAGAGAAGGUCCCGCGUGCCGUUAUUGUUGGGUGGGGUCCCGUGCCCGUCUGUUAGAUCUGGCUGGGCUAUGGUGUUCUUCAAAUCCUCUGUGUCCUUACUCACCUUCUGUCUGGUUGUCCUGUCCGUUAUUGACAGUGGGAUAUGGAAGGCUCCAACGAUUAUUAUACAACUAUUUUCCCCUUCAGUUCUGUCGAUAAUGGCCUCUCAUUAUGUGUGUAAAUGUUUAUCAUCUUUUCUUCUUGCUGUACUGAACCUCUUAAUUCAUAUAAAAUGUCCUUCUUUGUCUCUUGUAACAUUUUCUGAUUUAACGUCUGUUCUGUCUCGUAUUAUUACAGCCACUCCACCCUUUCUUUUGGCUACUAUUUGCAUGGAUUAUCUUUUUCCUUCCUUUCACGUUCACCUUUUUUGUGUCUUUGGAUCUGAGUCCCUUGUAGGUAACAGAGAGUUGGAUCCUAUGUUUUUAUCCAUUUCACUAAUCUGUUUAAUCUGCUUACAUUUAAAGUCAUUACUGAUAAGGAAGGAAUUCCUUCUGUGGUUUGCUCUUUGUUUUCUAUAUGCCUUAAUUGCUUUCUGUCUCAAAUUUUCUGCAUGACUAUCUUCUUUUGCAUUUAUUGAUUUUUUUUUUGUAGUGAAACAUUUUAAUUCCCUUCUCAUUUCCUUUUGUGUAUGUUCUGUGGCGUGUGUGUGUGUGUGUGUGUGUGUGUGUGUGUGGUUGUGUGUGGUUACCAUGGGAUUGCUUUUAACAUCCUAAAGUUACAACAUUGUAGUGUCAAUUUAUACCAGCUUAACCUCAAUAACACAUGAAAACUCAGCUACUUUAAAGCCCUGACCCCACCUUCUGUCAGUUGUUAAUGUCACAAAAUCACAUCUUUAUGCAUCUUGUGUCCAAAAGCAUAGAUGAAUAAUUAGGUUUUUAAAUGUAUCAGUCUCUUAACAUAGAGAACAAAAAGUAGAGCUACAGACCAAAGUCAUAACAGUACUAGCGUUCAUAAUUGUCUGUCUGUUUACUUUUACCGGAGAUUAUCUCUUCAGAAGGCUUCGAGUUACUUGUUCAGUGCCCUUUCAUUUCAACCUGAAGGACCCCCUUCACUGCAGGGCCGGUCUAGUCAUCAGGGCAAGGCUUUCAGCUUUCGUUGAUCUGGGAAUGUCUUCAUUUCUUCCUCAUUUUUGAAGGACAGUUUUCCCAAAUGUAGGAUUCUUGCUUGACAGCUUUUUUCCUUCAGUGCUUUAAACACAUCAACCCAUGCCUUCUAGCCUCCAAGGUUUCUGAUGAGAAAUCUCCUCACAACCUUAUCAGUGAAAAUAUGAUGAAAAGCAAUCUUCCUCUGAGCUUUAUAGAUGUUAAUAAUGAGCCUUAUCGUGUUGUACACAACACAACAUUUCCUUAUAUGUUGUAGCACCAUUUUGAGACCAGGAACUGGGUAUUUUACGUGUAGACAUUACGAGGUCUAUACAAGCCAAAAUUACAGUUUUCUAAACUUGAAGUGAAAGGCCACUGAACCAUCUUAUAGAUUUUGAUUUCUAACAAAGUAAAUAUCAAUCUUGAAAAGCCCACACAAACAAACAAAAAGCCCAUUGGGGGUCUUUUUUUUUAUUGAGUAAAGGGGUUUUGGGAAUAAAAAGUGAGGAAACCACUGUGGUCUCAGACAUCCCCAGCCAUGAUUGCAUAAUUGGCCCAUUUCUUGCUGUGCCCUCACAAAGCCCCAUUGUGAAGUCAUGGCAAGACCUGUCUAUAUAAGACCCUGGCUCGGCUGGGUGUUUGGUCUUUACAGCCCAGGAAGCUUUGGUGACCUGUCGGCCUUUGACCCUAGCUAGUUGGAUUUUGACUUCUCUUUUUUUCAUUUUGUUUAUUUUUUUAUUUUCAUUUUUCUUUUUUCUCUACUCCUUUUCUCUCCCAAUUUUUUUUCCCUGUUUCUGUUUUUACUUUUUCCUUUUUUUCUCCUUUUUUAGUUUUUCUUUUUCUCAAUUUUUCUUCAUUUCCUCCCUUCAUUUUCUUUGUGUGUGUGUGUGUGUGUGUGUGUUUGUGCGCGUGUGUUUUUUAUUUGUUUUUUUUUUGUGUUAGCGUUUUAGUACAGUUAGUAUAGUUCAUAUUGUUAGUAUAGUUCAUAAGCAUAGUAUUGUUAGUAUUGGCAAAUUUUGUAGGUUGGUAUUGUUGGUUAGCAUAGUCCGUGUAAUUAGCAUUAUUUAGCGUUAGUAUAGUUAGUAGGUCACCAUCCUUCAGGGGCGUAAGGCCAUUACCGCUGGUGAGGAGGACAUCUGUAUUUACGAUAUCCCCGAGACCACCAGUGAGGGCAGCGUCCCCACGAUGAAGCUGACCCCGCACAUCCUAACCGGGAAGCAGUCUGAUGUGAAGUUGAUCAGGAAAACCCGGAAGGACCCUGCUGGCCUCCAGGGACUUUGUCGUGAAGCCCAGAAUAUGAAGACCUCAAGUCACCCAAGUAUUGUCAAGUCACUCGAGGUGAUCAACACCAAGGAAACGUUAGUCCUCCUUUCAAAAUAUGUAAGCAGAGACAACCUGUGUGACGAUUUUACGCGCCGUGUCCAAGUGACGGAGGAGGUUCCAGACAAAUUCUGCCAGCUGUUAUCGGUUGUGGAGUACUGCCACCAACAAGGUAUGAUCGGCGGGGAUCAGAAGCUGGAGACACUGCUUUUUGACAAGAAGCUGAAGCAAAGGGAGGUUACCCCUCCCGAAAGCCCUUGGAACCUGGGGGUGGUUUGGUACUGCUUGGCCACCGGGUUUGAGCCGUUUGAGGGGGAUGUCUUCUGGGAAGCGGAACGAAAUAUGGAAAACAGGAAACACAGUGCUUUGAUUUUCAUGUCCCUGGAGAGUGAAAACCUGUGGUACACAUUGACAACCAUCCAGCCCAUGAUCAGCACACCAACCACAGUCCGCUGCUGGAGCUCCAUCGCAACCUGUUCCAGCACAAGCCUGUCCUCAGAGCAGAGUAGUCUGACCUCCGAAGGGACCAGCAUAGGGACCACGAUCAGCGGGCCCAGAUACAACUCACCAGCCACAAACUCCGACACCAGCAGUGAACACAGGCAGCCAGGGAGGAUGUCCCUAGAGCCAAAAAAUCUGGUUCUCAAAACUCUUGAUAAAUUCAAAAAUUUAUUCAAAAGACGCAAUAAAAUAGAACCCCAAAAAAAUGCAAAUAAAUGAGAGCCAUAAGAGA